AUGGGGGAAGUGCAGAACGGAUUCCUCAAACGAUUGGUCGGCAUUGACGCCCUUCUCCUCGUCAUCGCCAUCAAUAUCACUCUCUUCCUCAAAAGCGCCAUCUACAUCGCCAUCAUCAAACUCAUCCUCGACGUCACGUAUAAGAUUCUCUCCACACUAUGGAGCGUCUACGUGUACCCGCGCUUCUUCAGCCCACUUCGCCACAUCCCUGUGGCCCCCGGCGGCAGCUUUCUCUUCGGCCACACCAGACAAAUCAUUAAAGCCCCCUCGAGCAAGCUGCAGUGCGAGUGGGUACAUAAUGUGCCCAAUGAUGGCUUCAUCCGCUACUCCAUGUUUGGGACGGAGCGACUCCUCUUGUGCAAUACGCGGGUUCUGAGCGAAGUGCUGGUGACCAAGGCCUAUGAUUUCGUCAAGCCCCCCGGUGUGCGGAGGGGCAUUGGGCGCACGCUCGGCAUUGGUAUUCUCCUCGCCGAGGGAGACGAGCACAAGGUGCAGAGAAAGAAUCUCAUGCCUGCGUUUGCGUUUCGCCACGUCAAGGAUCUCUAUCCCACCUUCUGGGCAAAGGCGAAGGAAAUGACCGACUGUCUGGCUGAAGCAUGCAAAGGCUCAGAGCACGCACCCGGCGCCAUCGAAGUAGGCGGCUGGGUGUCCCGAGCGACGCUCGACAUCAUCGGCCUCUCAGGAAUGGGCCAGGACUUCAACUCCCUCCAAGACGAAAACAACAAAUUGAACCAAACGUAUCGGACAAUCUUCAACCAAGGAGAGGGGGGAAUAGUCUUGCAACUGGCGGCCCUCGUUCUUCCAUUCUGGUUCAUCACCCGCCUACCGCUCAAGAUCAACCGGCAAAUCUCAGAUGCCGCAACAUACGUCAAACAAGUCUGCCGCGAGCUGAUUGCGAAGAAACGCGCUAGCAUGGCAGAGAAGAGCCGCACAGACGUCGACAUCAUCUCCGUCGCCCUGGAAUCAGGCGGUUUCAGCGACGAAGACCUAGUCAACCAAAUGAUGACCUUCCUCGUCGCAGGCCACGAAACAACCGCCACAGCCAUGAUCUGGUCCAUGUACCUCCUGUGCCGCCACCCGGAAAUCCAAGCGAAACUCCGCACCGAACUCCGCGCCCAGCUCCCUAGCCUCGACGAGCCCGUCACCGCCGCCGACUUCGACCGCUGCCAAUACCUCAAAGCCUGCACCAAUGAGAUCCUGCGCCUCUGGGCGCCCGUUGGCCUCACGCUCCGCCAGGCUGACAAAGACACUAGUAUCAACGGGCAGUUCAUCCCCAAGGGCACCGUUAUCAUCAUCUCCCCCUGGGCCAUCAACACCUCCACCGCCCUGUGGGGCCCGGACGCGAAGGAGUUCAAACCUGAGCGGUGGCUGGAUGCCGAUGGCAAGGCGAAUAAUAAAGGCGGCGCGGAGAGCAAUUUCGCCUUUUUGACGUUCUUGCAUGGGCCGCGGAGUUGUAUUGGGCAGCGAUUUGCGCAGGCCGAGUUUGAGUGUCUUUUAGCCGGGUGGCUGAUGAGAUUCGAUACCAAGUUCGAGGAGGGGAAUCCGCUGGCGAGAGGGGAGUUUGAUAUCAAGGGUGGCGUGACUGCGAAGCCGAAGGGCGGAGUGUGGGUGAUGUUGGACGAGAUUGAUGCGUGA